UCCCACCUCUUUCAUCUUUUCUAAGCAACCUACCCAAACAACAUUACAUAAACCUAAAUCUCUCCUACUGCAUACAUUUAUAGCAAAUCCUCUUUUGCUUUAACCCACCCAAAAAAAGAAAAAAUAUAUUCAGAGCUUUUGUUCCACCAUAUUCUAUUCUAUUUGUACUUUUGGUCUGACUUUAAAGAUCAUAUACAUAUAUAGAAGUUACGAGAUUUCUGCAGAGAACAAUAUGCUGGAAGGUCUUGUCUCUCCAGAUAGCUUAUCCUUAAGCUCCAUGGACAUGUCUGUACUUGAAAGGGUUAAAUGGCUGCAAAAGCAACAGCAACAAGAACAAGUUGUGUCUCAGAGCAGUAAUAAUUCACCUGAACUUUUUCAGAUACUUCAAUUCCACGGAAGCAACAAUGAUGAGUUGCUGCAGAGUACUUUCCACCAUUUUCAAAUGCUUGGAUCUGAUUUUGGACCAAACUAUAACAUGGGUUUUGGUCCUAAUGAAGCUAUGGAUGGCUGCAUUUCAAGAACAAGUAGCUGCCAGAUGGAUCAAGUGGAUACAAUGGGCAUUAUGUUGAAGAGCAGUGAUGAAGACAGAGCCGUUGCCUUGAAAAACAAGAGAAAAUCAGAGAUUAAGACAAAGGAAGAAGAAAAGACAGAGAAGAAGAUCAAAGUAGAGGUUGAGACAGAGUCAAACAUGAAAGGAAAAUCAAACAUGGGUAACACGGAAGCAUCUUCAGACACUUCAAAGGAAAUAUCGAAGGGAGCUUCAGAGAGCCAGAAAUUAGAUUAUAUACACGUGAGAGCUCGUCGAGGUCAAGCCACAGACAGACACAGUUUAGCAGAGAGGGCGAGAAGAGAAAAGAUCAGCAAGAAGAUGAAAUAUCUGCAAGAUCUUGUUCCUGGAUGCAACAAAGUUACUGGAAAAGCCGGUAUGCUUGAUGAGAUCAUCAAUUAUGUUCAAUCUCUCCAGAGACAAGUAGAGUUCUUGUCGAUGAAACUCGCUGUCCUAAACCCAGAACUCGAGCUAGCCGUGGAAGAUUUAUCAGUAAAACAGUUUCAGGCUUACUUUACAAAUCUUCCAGUAGUAGUUGAUUCAAAGCCACCAAUAAUGGUUGAUGUGCCAUUGUUUCCGCUAGAUCAGCAAGGAUCUCUAGAUUUAUCUGUUAUAAACCCGAACCAAACAACAUCUAUUGAAGCUCCAUCUGCAAGCUGGGAAACUCAGUCACAGAGUCUCUACAAUCCAUCUACCAUUGGUUUUCAGUACUAAGACAGAUUCAUUGAAGCAACAUUGUUGAAGUUAUCAUGAGAAUCAGAACCAGAUUUCAUUAUAUUUGCUCAUCAAAGGGACAAUUUCACAAUUUAAUUCUUUGGAAAGACAAAAAAUUACAGCUUUUGUUCUUAUCCUCUGAUCCUUGUUUUCUGAUAUUUAAACCAGAAGAACUGGAGAAUAGCAAUUAAAUGGUCUUGUCACCAUCAAUCUUUUUGUAUAAAUUUUGUUUUAUAAGAUAAUAUAUACUAGAUUCUAACCCCGUGCAUCCGCACGGGAAUAUUUUUUAUUGUUUAA